AUGGAAGUUGUAGAUACGGUAGCCAAUUUCUUUCGAGACGAUAGAGAAAGGAGGACUGGUUAUCAGUUUAAGGAUAAUAACGAUACGACUAAUAGAUAUAACAAAAAAGACAAUACGAAAAGCUCACUAGCAUCAGCUAUGGACUCCCUUAAAAGCUAUACGAGUAGAACCACUGAGGGAAUGGCUACAAAGACUGAAACACUGCAUGCUUCCGGUAUACAAGGACUGUUGCUUGAUAGAUUGGUGGAGAAAGUCAUUAACAUAGCAAUUCCAUCACCAGCAGACGAUGCAGAAGGUAAAAUUGGGUCUCGGGUGGAGGCUGGUAAAAACCGGCCAGGCCUAUCAGUACCGAUUAUGAGUCGCAACUUUGUUCAAAUGAAUGCUAGGUUGAGUUUUCCGUUCAAGAUGUUGAAUGAAGUCAUUCGAGUUUUAAACUGGGAGAACCCAGCGUACACUCUCUCUAUUGCGGCACUUCUUUCUUUUGUGGUGCUAAAACCAGUUCCUAUGCUAAGUAGUGGACCAUUACUUUACAUUUUGUUUGUGGUGAUGGUUCCAAGUUACUUGAAUACUCAUCGUCCGGAGCCCUGGGACGAGCUAGGAACUUCAAAUCCGAUCCCUGCUACGGGACCACCUUUGAAAGAGGUUGAGAUUCCCAAACCAGUUCCUGAAUUCUCCAAAGAGUUCCUAUUGAACUUGACGGACUUGCAAAACCAUAUGGUAUUGUAUGUGAUUGCUUAUGACUUCAUUGACGCAUUUUUGGUUAAGUUUGCGUUCUUCAAGGACGAGAAUAUAAGCGCUGCGACAUUUAUGACGCUGUUUUUGGUUAGUGUGUUCAAUCUUUUGUAUAUGGAUACGCUAUAUAAAUGGAUUCCGUUCAAAUUAUUUAUUCUAGCUUUUGGGUGGUCGUUUAUUAUACUGCUACAUCCUAACUUUAGAGACUCAUUCCUAGGAUAUUUUUACUCUGAGGAAACAAGAAUCAGACUAUUGACAUUUUCAAAUAACCUAGAGAAACUUGUAAAUGAAUACUGGGACCAUUACGAGCCCCGAGAAAACCGCCAGGCGGCGAUUUUUGAAAUCCAGAAAUUCAAUAAACAGGCUAAAGCGUGGGAAACCGUAUGCUAUUCGCCCGACGAUUUUACGUUAUUGGCGAAGUCCAGAAUUGCCCAACAGUCACUUGAGAGCACUGCCCUAUCAUUAAGUGACGUCAAGGCCCCACAGGAAUGGGAAUGGAUAAGCAAAUAUGAUUGGGUAUUGGAUUUGGAUCCAAGGAAAUGGGUGAAUGAAGGAAUUGUUCAACAUGUGGAUGUUGAUACAGAAACAAAAUGGGUUUACGACUUAAGUUAUGAUGGUAACAGAGGACAAUACAGAAGAAGGAGAUGGAUUAGAUUGUGCACGAGGAUAAGACAAUUGGAUACGAUGAAAGACAGUAACGAUUAUGAUAUUUAUGAUGAAUUGGGCAUGAAAGAAAUGGAAAGGUACACUGGUGUAUCGCUGACAUCUAUGCAUGGCCUAAGCAGGAGAAAUAGUAUAACUAACACUAAUUCUCCUCAUUUAAUGGAAAAGAGGGAGUCUGAGAUUUCCGGUUCGAACUUGCAACCUGAUGGGCAUGUAAGUAAUGUAGAUACGCAAAUUCCAAAAGCAAUGGAAGCGGUGGAUCCAGGAUCCAAAGCUGUUAAAAGCUUGACGCACGUAUUAAAUUCACAUAGUUAA